CAGGUAGAGCCAGUGUUGGAUUGAGCGGCGUGGAAGCCACAUCUCAUCAUCAGCUGGCGAGCUCUCCUCUCCUCGUGUCUUUCUCGUUCGCUCUCGUUUUGUCAGUUGGUGCUCUUACGGCUGUAUUCGUGUGCAAUAUUCGAAACCAUGCAGUGCAAACGGAAUAAGUUCUUCGAAUUAGACCUAUUUAUUGAAAUUAUAGUCUGAGAGUGAGUGGUGAAGCGGGAAUCGACACAGUGUGAUUAGUCGUGAGACAACGACUACGAAAAUGGAUUGCGAUAUGAGCGGCGGCGGCGGCGGUGGUGGUGGAGGUGGAGCCAGCAAGGUAGCAGCGGUGUCCGGCAAGCGGAAGAGAGGAGUGUGCAGUGCAGCCGACGACGCGGCGGCGGUGGCUGCGGGCGGUUGCACCGGAGGCGGCAAGGAGAACCGCGUGCUCAAGCGAAUGAUGACCGGUCGCUUGCAUGCGGCGGCUGAGGCUGCCGCCUCCGGGGGCCAUGUCGACCUACAGCAGUUGAUGAAAAUGUACCUAACCUCGUCUGAAAGGUAUGUCCUUUCUCAAACAAAAAACUGGAGUUUACCAACUAGUGGCAUAGUGUAUAAGACUAGCGGAGGCGGCGGCGGCGGCGGUGGUGUGAGCAGUGGAGCAGCGGCGGCGGCAGGAGUCGGGGGCGGCGCAGCCGGGGCAGCAGGUGUUGGGGGCGGCGGAUCGGGCCGAGAGCUUCGCAGACACAACUACAAGGCAUCGGUGUUGCCCAACAAGACAGCCUCCUACCUGGAGCACCGCACUCGCACGCGCAGUGGCCGGGCGGGCAUGAACAUGGGCCAGAAGAUAUCCAACGGUGUCAAAAGUGUUAACCGAGAAAUCUCGCCCGCCUACAAGCCCGUCAUACCUCGUGAGCUCGCCCAGGACUUUGCCAGGCCGGCACGGCUCGAUGUGCUCCUUGACAUGCCUCCCGCGUCCCGCGAGGCACAGCUCAAGCAUGCCUGGAACGCAGAAGAUAGGUCCCUCAAUAUAUUCGUCAAGGACGACGACAAACUAACAUUCCACAGGCAUCCUGUGGCGCAGAGUACAGACUGCAUCCGCGGCAAGGUGGGACUCAGCAAAGGUCUGCACGUGUGGGAGGUGCAUUGGUCGACGCGACAACGAGGCACGCACGCAGUUGUCGGCGUCGCAACACAGGAUGCCCCCCUCCAUUGUGCUGGCUAUCAGAGCCUGGUAGGUAGUAAUGACCAGUCGUGGGGGUGGGAUCUAGGACGCAAUAGGCUUUAUCACGAUUCGAAAAACAGCACAGCCGGUGUCACAUACCCAGCGCUGCUCAAACCUGACGAAACAUUUAUAGUGCCAGAUAGAUUCCUCGUUGUGCUGGACAUGGACGAAGGAGCUCUGUCUUUUGUGGUGGACGGCCAGUAUUUAGGAGUUGCAUUCCGAGGUUUAAAAGGAAGAAAACUCUACCCAAUAGUUAGUGCGGUUUGGGGUCACUGUGAAAUCACAAUGAAAUAUAUUGGAGGCUUAGAUCCUGAGCCACUGCCACUGAUGGACUUGUGCCGACGGGUGAUCCGACUGCGACUGGGCAAACAGCAGCUCGAGGAAAGGAUCUCAGACUUAAAUCUACCUCAUUCUAUGAUAGUCUACCUGUUGUACCGUGAUCGCAGAUAACAAUCUCCUCCUCCACCCCCUCCUCAUCCGUCCUCCGCCUCCAGCUCGUUGCUUCUCAUCAAGUAGUCUCUCUCUCUCUCUCUCUCCACCAAUCGAUCGAUCGGCGUGCACGACACAUCACUUCUUCUCCUAUCUUACUAACACGAGUUCAAUUAUUAUGAAGCUACUACAGUGAUAUCGAUUAUUUUGUAUAUUUUUUACAUGCAUGUAAUGUGACAUGACAUUUACACCAUCAGUCUCGUCUAGUCUGAAGAUGUAUUGUGUGUCCCCGAUAAUGGUCAGGUUAUUUGCUUUCUUGCCAAAGAAUUAGAACGUAGUGCAAGUUGUCGGUCGGUCGAUUGAGCAACGUGAGCUGGGACGCUGGCUGGAUGGGUGGCCGAGUCAACAAUCAUCAGGGAGAACUGCACAGUGAUUGGUUGGAUCAUUAGUGAUUGAUGAACUUGUCUACCUCAGGUGAACCCUGCCCCUAAAAACUACCCACACCCCCACCCCUAUGUGAAAGUGAGAUGUUUAUCUCUCCGAACUAUUCACUUUUCCAAUGCAAGUGAACAUUGAUGCUUGUGAUAGAAAAUGAAGAAAAGAGACACAGUUUUGUGCUAGUUUUAAUUUUUGUUCACUACAAACGCGGCUCGCAAGAAGAUUGACGAAUUUUUGUUCAUAGACUAUGAAGAACUUAUAGAUUUUUUUAAUAAGUGUAACAAUGUGUGUGGAGAUGAACCAGACAGACGUAAUUGAAUGUAUUUGGCAUGUGAUUUAUUUUUGUGUUCAGAAGAGUUUCUCAUACUCUUGUGACUGAAGUAGUUGUAAUGAUAGAAAGUGGACAACGUCUUACGGCUUCCAUAUAAAGGAGCUUCCUAUGCAUUUAAAUAGUAUCAACUCUUCAAUCAGUAAGAGGCAAGGCUAUUUUAGUUGCAUGUUUUUUGAAUGUUGUACAGUUUGUCUAUGUCUCAGACCGCUUCUAAACUUAGCUAUUUUUUAUUACGAUUAUUAUCUUAAUCUCGUCUAGUUACUUUGUGGAUCGGAAGUAAGUGAAUGUAAUUUAUUUGUUGUAUUAUAGGGAUGAAACUCUCAUUCAUCUCAAACACGAAUCAAUGUUCCAAUAAUUCAAUUCACCCAUUUUACUGUGGUAUAGUAUUUUAUUGAUUGAUUUUGAUUUCAUGUAACAGUUUUUUAUAAGAAAAUUAUCGUGAACAUUUUAAUUCACACUUUAUUCGUUUUUUUACAACCAACCUACUAUAGGUAUUGAAUUUUGAUUCAGCAUUUGUUAUGAAUGGGAGCUAGUUCCAAAAUAAUAACAAUAUAUACUGUGCAACACACUUCGUUUCAUUUCAAAUUAUCAUGAAAAUUUAUUGAUUUUGUUGGAAUUUUGUUGCAUCAUCUUUUUGACGAGUGAAUAAGAAGCAAGUUGGAUCUCUUGAUUGUUUAGAAAUUUAAAUUUUGUUUUCAUUUACGAGUUCUUAUACAUUCAGACAAACAGUUUUAUUUUUUGAAAUUGUGUUUUUAUUUUCUAAAGCUCAACUCACUUAUCUGGAAGCAAGGGAUACAGUUAUUUAGCAAAUAAUUAACAAAGCUAUUAUUAAUAUAAGAGUAAUGGAAGUAAUUAUAUAAUGUACAAAAGAUUGAUUAUUUAUAAUUUAAUGUUAUUUAUAACAGAACACAGAAUUUGAUGAAUUUCAGUUGUUGAAUACAGACAGUUUUAUUACAGUUGCUACUGCUAUAUGUUGCUCUUUAAAAGCUGAUACUUUGAAUUUUAUCGAUGUGUUUUCAAACAUGUAUAUAAUUACAGAAAUUCCCGUUGUCGCAUAAUUUUAUAUCACAAGUUUUGUAUUAGAUACUAAUCAAUAAUAUUAUUUGAUAAUAUAAUAUGAUGUAUAGAAUUGAGCUGCAUGCUUUCUUUAAUUAGCGUACCAAAUUGUAUGCUAUUAUAUUCAGAAUGUGGCAUUAACAAAUUAGAUCCUUUAGUUUCAUUUGAGAAUAUUUAAAAAUUAUACAGUGAUUGUAUUGUAACAAAAAUUAACUGAAUGUCAGUAAUUUUUGUGUAACUUUUGACUGAUGAAUAAUCUGUAUAUGAAUAUGGUUAAUGAUCUCUUUAUUGAGUUUAUUGCAAUAAUAUUGUAAAAGAAUUUUGGUCCUAUUAGUCUCUUGUAAAUAUAUUGAGAGCUUUUCUCCAUAUUAUAUCUGGUUAAAUAUUUUUAUUAUUGUGGACAGUCAACUCUAUUUCCUAUUGAAUAAUUUAAAUAGUUUGAAUAUUAGAAUAGAUUCUCUAAUUGUUUAAAUCGUUUAAUAGUUCUAAAAAUAAAUGAGUUUUUAAAGUAGACCAGACACCUAAACAAUAAAAUUAUAUUAACGUAGGAAUAAUUUCCUAAAUUCACUUGAUAAAAUUUGUAGUUUUAAACAUGUCAAAACUCUUUAAUAAAAUUCAUGUGGAAAUAAACAAUACAUUAAAUGUUUUUAAGUUAUAUAAACUCAGAAAAUAAUAAAUUCUCUAACAUUGCAAACAAGAGUUUUCUAAAUAAUAGAUCUGUUGACAUGCAGAAUAUUUUAAUUAUCAUAAAUCCAUUAAUAAUUCUAAAAAUAUAUAUUCAGAGUUGACUGAUCUAAACAAACGUGGAAUGCUUGAUAGAUAAAGCCAUUACAUCACAAUAUUUAUUCUGUAUGACUCUGCGACUCUGACUAUUUAAUUCUUUAUCUCUUCGAAACUGUCAAAUUUUGACUGCUUCCAAACUUACUUAAAUGCAUGCAUCACUGACAUGUAAAGCUGUAAUGUAACGUUUUUUUCACUUGAAAAAUAUUAAACAUGUAGUACUUGAAAUCCCCAAGAACAUGAUAUGUACAAUACCAUACUUUUAUACUGUAAACAACUAUCGUAGCCAUUCUGUCAUCAGCGUUAAGCACAAUACAUCAUGUAUGUUAUUAUUUUGCUUCGGGAUGUGUGAAGUUUUAUGUGAAAAGAUCCAGAUUAAAUUGAUGUUUGUAGCAAAAAUUUAUAAAUCGUGGUUGCAUAAGA